AUGCCUUUUGGUUUGAGAAAUGCUCCAGCUGAGUUUUGCCGAUUGAUGGACCAGGUGUUGGGAACUCUCAAGAGGGAAGGUGUUGUUCGUUGUUACAUCGACGAUGUCAUUAUUCCAGCAACAGAUUGGGGAGACAUGUGUAGGAAAGUGGAAAGAGUAUUUCAAGCUCUUGAACGUGCUAAGUUAACCUUGAACCCAACCAAGUGUGCUUUUGGAGUCACUGAAUUGGAUUACUUAGGUUUUAAUAUUAAGGAAGGUCAGCUGCGUCCAGGUCGGAAAAUAGCUGUAAUUGAGAAUUACCCAAGACCAAAAAAUGUCCAUGAACUAAGAAGAUUCCUCGGAUUGACAGGAUACUUCCGUCGUUUCAUAACACAUUAUGCGGACAUUUCUGCACCACUGACGGCUUUGACGAAGAAGGAUCUACCAUGGAAAUGGACGGAUGCACAACAAGGAGCAUUUGAACAAUUGAGGCGUAUACUGACAUCUGCUCCAGUGUUGAAAUUAUACAAUCACGAAUCACCGGUGACUGAAGUACACACAGAUGCUAGCGCAAAAGGUCUAUCGGGCAUGUUAAUGCAGGGUGACACUGAGAAAUCACUACACUUAGUGUAUGCGGUGAGCAAAAGAACAACCGAAGCGGAAUCACAUUACCACUCCAGUAGACUUGAAUUAUACGCGAUUGUAUGGACGUUAAUUCGAUUGAGGCCAUAUCUGUUUGGAAUCAGAUUCACAGUGGUGACUGAUUGUCAGGCUUUGGUAUAUUUGAACACCAACAAGUCAGCAAAGCCACAGGUGGCUCGUUGGUUCGAUCUACUACAAGAAUUUGAAAUGAAUAUCAAGUACCGAUCAGGCGAGCGGAUGGCUCACGUUGAUGCAUUGAGUCGUUUGGAAGGUACUACGGACAGUGUACAAGCAGUAGAAGAGGCAUUGGAUAAUCGAUCCUUGGUCAUGACAUUAAUGACUUUGGAAGAACGUGUACGAUACAUGCAACAAGCUGAUCCUGAUACAUGUCGAUUAAUCAACAUAUUGGAGAGGGGUGAAGGUGACCGAACUCCAUAUGAGAGGAACGCUGUAAAUAAAUUCAAGUUGUUGGAUGGUGUAUUGUAUCGAGAUUUAGAGGGGAUAAGUCGUUUUGUGGUACCUAAGCCUCUGAGAAAGGGGAUAGUGAUAAUGGCCCAUGAUAUGGCAGGUCAUAGGGCAUUGGAUCAGACACUAAAGAAAAUUCAGGAACACUAUUGGUUUUCAAAAAUGCGUAGGUAUGUACAGAUGCAUAUCGGUGGAUGUUUGGAUUGUCUGGUCAACAAGAAGCCUGGAGGAAAACAACCAGGAGAGUUACACCCUAUUCCCCCUGGAAAAAGACCAUUUGCAGUUGUUCACUUGGAUCAUUUGGGACCUUUUGAAACCAGUUUGAAGGGCAAUAGAUUUUUAUUAGUGUUAAUAGAUAACCUUACCAAAUAUGUAUUGUUGUUUCCAGCAAAAUCCACUCACACUCAAUCAGCUAUUAGAAGUUUACAGAAGUUUGUUGAUCAAUGGGGAUUGCCGGAUCGUUUGAUAACAGAUAGAGGGACAUGCUUUACUUCCAAGGCGUUCCAGGAUUACUGUCAACAUAAUGGGAUCAGGCACACUCUCAACUCGUCUCGACAUCCGCAAGCAAAUGGACAAGUGGAGAGGACCAAUAGAACCUUAUUGCCAAUGCUUGCAAUUCAAGCACAAGAUCAAAAAUUAUGGGAUCAGAAGCUGAAAGAAGUUGAACGUGACAUAAACAACACGGAAAGUAAGACUACCAGAUACACACCAUUUGAGUUAAUCCACGGAUACCGGCCUCAGUUUCAUUCAAGCGUGCUGAGAUUACUAGAUGGUGUUGGUACACAUCAGCCUUUGAAUUCAGUAGAGUUACAGGCCAAGGCAAGAGAUAACAUUUUGAAAACUCAGGUAUCAAUGAAAGAAAGAUAUGAUCAGAAAAGGAACAAAUCGAUAAGCUAUGAAGUUGGAGAAAUGGUGGCAAUGCUGCGUGCACCUACCCCAGGUCAAUCUACCAAGCUUCAGACCAAGUAUCGGGGCCCAUUGCAAGUUAUAGGGAAACUACCUGGAAACACAUAUCGAGUCGCUGAGAUGGCAAGGGAUGGUAAACACAUUUAUGCUACAACGGCUCAUGUGUCUCAGUUGAAGGCAGUUUCAAUAAUGCAAGAGGAGCAGCUUGAGGAAAAAGGAAGUGGGUCAUCAGCAGAUGAAGAUGAAGAGACUAACAAAUCAAAUGCUGAUCUACCAAGGGUGGAAGAAACUGUUAAGCUUAAACGUCAAAGAAAACCACCAAAGUAUUUAGAAGAUUAUGUUUAA